AUGAUUAAAAUCAUCUUCUUUAUCUUAUAUUUGACAUCGGUGCUCUCUACAUAUCAGAAUACUACUGAAAGAAAAUUUAUUUACGCUACGUAUGCAUAUAACCAAUUAAUUAAUGUAUCAGUUGACAACAAUAUGGAACACAUCAUGCAGUUUUAUGAGGAGUCGGACGACUGGCUGGGGUACCCCACACGAGUGCACGUGUCCACCGAUGAGACACUCAACGACGUCAAUCCUCUGUUCGUCACUGCUACUCAACAGAAAGGUGUAGCCUCUUGGGAGCUCCCUCUACUGGUACAGACACGAAAAUGGGCGUUAUUCUUCACAAAUAUGGCCCGAACUUUGUGCCCACACGACGCCGGACCAAAUAUAGAAAUAGAGAACCGCCCAAUGAUACACGUGACCACGUCUAACCCACAGAACGUUACCGUGACCAUCAAGCUGCGGAGAGUCACGGAUUUCUACGUAGAAGUCAAUAAACCUUUAACCCUCAACGUGACUCCGAGCACUCCCAAGUAUUACUACUUCUCUUUUGACAAAAACCCCUGGAAUGUCACCAGUGGUGUUCACAACGUUAACAGAUUGAACUACACCAUACCCAAGAGUGUUGUUCUGAUGAUAGACUCUGACGACGAGAUCUGCGCCACCGUUUCCAUACAAAACAACUCGUGUCCCGUGUUUGACAAUGAAAAUGACGCACUGUACAAAGGGUACCAUCUCACUAUGACUACUAAAGGAGGUAUCACACUGACUCAAUCGAUGUACCCCAGCGGGUUCUACAUUGUGUUCAUAGUGAAGGAAAGCGAUGAUGAGUGUACGGGCAACAUCGAAACAACUCCCUUCAACCAGAACAGGCUGAAGAAUUUCACUUUCCGGGUAGUUCCGACGAUCUCGUACAAGGAGUACGUGGUGGGCGCGCUGGUGACGCUGGCGCUGCUCGGGGCGGUGGCCGCGCUCGUGCUGCUCGCCGUGCUGCUGCCGAACAACUGCAAAUGUUCAGAAGAAGUUAUCAUCAUAGAAGAGGAACCGAUCAUCCAAGCGUCCACAUCAGGCGUGAGUGCCAGUGCGAGCGGAGAGCGGAGCGGCGAGCAGAGCGGAGAGCGGAGCGAUCCAGCGGGGGCGGGCGACAUGCCUGCAGCGAUAAACGGCGACAGUGAUGUCGUCGAGGAAGUGGUAGAAGAAGACGAGUGGUCCCGCUUUAACCCGUUGACCGUCCAUCGGCUGACCCGCGCUCCUCCUGAGACCUUGGCCAGGAGAUCAGACAGAUACUUCUGGGGCGCGCUGACAGUGGCGGUGGUGUACUCCUUACCCGUCGUGCAGUUGCUGUUCACCUACCAGAUGAUGGUAGUCCAGACUGGUAACCAAGACCUGUGCUACUACAACUUUCUGUGCGCGCAUCCCCUCGGCUUUCUCUCCGACUUUAAUCAUGUGUACUCCAACAUUGGGUAUGUGGUACUGGGAGUGAUAUUCUUGGCCCAGGUCCGCCACAGACAGCUCAAGAGCAGGAAACAACCGCAGGACAUGGGCAUCCCACAGCACUUUGGUCUGCUGUACUCCAUGGGGUUAGGGCUGGUUAUGGAGGGCCUCCUGUCUGCUAGCUACCAUCUCUGUCCUAACAAGAUGAACUUUCAGUUUGAUUCUUCAUUCAUGUACGUGAUAGCGGUGCUGGUGAUGAUCAAGUUGUACCAGAAUCGCCAUUCCGACAUUAUUCCUAACGCGCACACCACUUUCAUGGUGAUUGCCGUUGUCAUGACAAUAUGUCUGUUCGGUAUUCUAUUCCCGAGCGUGUAUUUCUCAGUGGCGUUCACCAUGAUGCACCUACUGACUUGUUUCUUACUGACUGUGAACAUAUACUACGCCGGAGAGUUCACAAUGGAGUGGUCGUCGCUACGUCGCGGGUGGUCGCGCGUGCGGCGGCGGGGGCUCCGCGCGCUGCGCCCCGCCCACGCGCUGCGCGCCGCGCUCAUCGCGCUCGCCAACCUCGCCAACUGGUCACUCGCUAUAUACAGCGCAACAACUCACAACAAAGACCUGGCGCGCCAACUCCUCGCCAUACUGAUGGGCAACGCGAUCAUGUACACGCUGUUCUACGUGGCUAUGAAGCUGGUCCACAAGGAGAGGAUCGCCGUCCACACCUGGAUAUACUUCGUGCUCACACACGUCGCCUGGUUCUACGCUCUCAAGCUGUUCCUUGACUCGAAGACCAAGUGGUCGGAAACGCCGGCCUCCUCCCGACGUCACAACGCGGCGUGCUCGGCGCUCGAACUGUUCGACUCACACGACGAGUGGCACGUCGCCUCCGCCACCGCCAUGUUCCUCAGCUUCAACCUGCUCCUGACCCUCGACGACCUCACUGUCGACACGCCCCGGGAGAACCUGAAGACCUUCUAG